CAGUUGCUCUACUACGAGACUAGCCUAUCCAAGAUGCAGAGCAUGGGCAGGGAAUUAUAUUUAUAAGCUUCUGGUUCCAUAGCUAACGACGUUUGAGGCCAGUGGGCUCUGCAUCUGUCAAGUCCUUGUCCGUGCUCUUGAUGCUCGGAUAGAUCCAACCACGCAUGACUAGAAGCGAUACCCACACUCUAUAAUUGCUUGAAACCCAGGAUACUAUUUCUAUCAGACAAACUUUAGCUCGUUGAGUUUGACUUUCUACUACUUAGACAUUGGUAGAUCUCUUCAGCAUGGGUGUCGUGGAAGCUCUUCUGGAGCAAAUCUCCGUCAAGACCGCAUUCAUCGUCCUCUUCGUCGCCUAUGGAGUCUAUUCUAUCAUCUGCCGCGUUGACGAACACCGAAGAAUUAGACGCCUCGGUCGCUAUGGACCUCAAUUGAAAACAUAUGCUCCUUGGAGCCUUGAUCUCGUCGUGAGAUUCGUCAGAUCUACCGUCAAACACAAUAACCUGGCAUCCUGGAGAGAUGGUAUCUUCGGACCCUUGAACUCAUGGACGGCUGAGGCUCGUCUCCUUGGAGUCCGAACAAUUUUCACCGCCGAUCCAGCGAACCUCAAAGCAAUAUUGGCAACCCAAUUCGUCGACUACGGCAAAGGACAGCCAUUCCACGCAGAAUGGAAGGACUUUCUCGGUGAUAGUAUCUUCACUACUGAUGGCCCUUCAUGGCAUGCUAGUCGCCAACUCAUCAGGCCUCAAUUUACAAGGGACCGUGUGAGUGACUUGCACUGCUUUGAGGCACAUAUGCAGACUCUUUUCAAGGCCAUUGCAAACCGAGGACCACUUCGAGGCGAGGGUCAACUUGUCGAUAUGAACAAUACAGAUGGAAAGGUCUUGGAUAUCAGCGAUUUAUUCUUCCGCUAUACUCUCGACGUGGCUACUGAGUUUCUUCUCGGGUGGGAUGUCAAGUCUCUCACGACACCAAAGCAAGAAUUCGCAGAAGCCUUCAACGAAGUCCAACACAUUCAAAACAUCAUCGCUCGCGUCGGCAAACUUCGCCACAUCAUCCCCAAGUAUCGUUUCUGGCGCGCUCUCAACACGGUCAACCACUUCAUCAACUUCUACAUUGAACGUGCACUCCGUCUAAGCCCCGAGGAACUGGCUUCCAAGACAAAGGACGAUCACAGCUAUACGUUUCUGCAUGCACUUGCUGGGUUUACACGAGACCGAACAGUGCUCCGUGAUCAGAUAAUCGCUGUUCUGCUUGCGGGGCGAGAUACCACUGCUGCGACGCUAUCAUGGACUCUCUAUGAACUUGGCAGGUAUCCUAAUGCUGUGAAAAAGUUGCGUGCUGAGAUCAUUUCCACACUUGGAACUGAGCGCACGCCAACAUACGAGGAUCUCAAGAGUAUGAGUUAUCUCAAGGCUGUUCUCAACGAAACUCUUCGUUUAUACCCGGCUGUUCCUUUCAACGUUCGUCUUGCUCUCAAGGAUACGACCCUUCCUCGAGGGGGCGGUCCAGAUGGUUCUGAGCCACUCCCCGUUCUGAAGGACUCGCCAGUUGCAUAUUCCACCCUCGUCAUGCAGAGACGUUCAGAUCUGUAUCCUCCUACCAGCGAUACCUUUGCUGAUCCUCAGAUCUUCAGCCCAGAUAGAUGGGCCCACUGGCAUCCUAAACCCCAUGAUUAUAUCCCUUUCAACGCUGGUCCUAGAAUUUGCAUCGGUCAGCAGUUUGCUCUGACUGAGAUGAGCUAUGUUCUGGUCCGCCUGUUCCAGAAAUUUGAUCGUGUGGAGAGUCAGAUGAAGGACAUUGAUGGAGGUGAGCCCCUCCUCAAAGCAGACAUUGUCUUGUCACCAGGCCAGGGAGUCAAGGUUGCAUUCUGGGAAGCCCAGAAUUAGUCUUUUGGUGUUACGUGAAUAAUGAUGAUUGUGUGGGCAAUGCACAAAUUUGAUAUGCACCAUAUCGAGAUGUUCCUACUUAUAAUUCUUUUCCCAUACCAAUUGGCUGAUGUCUUCUUCAACUGUCUGAAUCUUCAAACUUGUCCCUGUUUCCAGCAACUGAAUGCCAAGACAAAGUCUACUUCCUACCAAAGCUAUCUCUUACAGCCUUUCCGAAUCUUUCAAUGGCCUUGUUCAUAUUCUCAGGCGUUGCAGAUGCAUAUGUCGCUCUGAAGAAGAGUCCCGGUGGUGCCUUGUCCUUCUCAGUCAAGAACCACGAGCCCCGGGCGAUAAGAACACCAUUCUCGAUACAAGAGUUGAAAAUCUCUUCUUCGAUAUCGACAAUGCUUCGCUUUCCUGCUUCAGGAUGCUUUGUAUGAUCAAUAUUAAUCCACAUCUUUGAGAGUUAGUUGACGAUUUCCAUAUGGAUCGAUGCGGAGCACUUAC